AUGCCGCCGCUGGCUCUCCUCCUCCUCCUCCACCUCCUCGGCCCGGCUCUCGCCGAGGCCCCCGACCGCUACGCCGUCCGCUACGCGCCGCCGGCCACGGGCAAUGCGGCGGCCCAGGAGUACGUCGACCCCACCUACCCGCUCCAGGGCCCGCCCCCCGCCGCGCCGACCUGCACCGUGCCGGUGCUCUCCUACUCCUUCGCCAACACCUACGGCGCGCCCCCGGCCAAGGCCGCCUAUGCGCCCCCGCCCGGGUGCCCCGCGCCCUGGUCCCAGGUCGUGCUCUCCUUCUCCGCCGCCUGCGCCGGCGACCAGUACGACCGCGUCGCCGCCGUCUGGCUCGACGGCUCCGAGCUCCUCCGCACCACCACCGCCGAGCCCACCCCCGAGGGCGUCAGCUGGACCGUGCGCAAGGAGGUCACCCGCUACUCCGCCCUCCUCCGCUCCCCGCCCGACGGCGUCCUCUCGGUCAUGCUCGAGAACCUCGUCAACGACCAGUACACCGGCAUCUACAACGUCACCGUCUCCUUCGAGUUCCACGGGACUCCGGCUUACCUCUCCGUGGUAAAUCCCCCCUCCUCCGAUGGUGAUGUCGCCGACGCCAGUCCGGCGGCACCGACGCUGCCGGAGUCGUACUUCCAGCCGGCGGACCUGAUCCUGCCCAUCUCGGAGGCCACCGGCGACAGCGGCUACUGGUUCCGCAUCCAGAACUCGUCCGACUCGCGCUCCAAGCUCGUGACCAUUCCGUCGAGCACCUACCGUGCGGUCCUCGAGGUGUUCGUGUCCCCUCACUCCAACGACGAGUUCUGGUACUCCAACCCGCCGGACCUCUACAUCCAGGAGAACAACCUCACCACGCAGAGGGGCAACGCCGCGUACCGCGAGGUCGUCGUCAGCGUGGACCACCACUUCGCCGGCUCCUUCGUGCCGUUCCCCGUCAUCUACACGGGCGGCAUCAACCCGCUCUACUGGCAGCCCGUGUCCGCCAUCGGCGCGUUCGACCUGCCCACCUACGACGUCGAGCUCACUCCGUUCCUCGGCCUCCUCGUCGACGGCAAGGCGCACGAGUUCGGCAUCAGCGUGGUGGACGGCAUCGCCGAGUGGCUCGUGGACGCCAACCUGCACCUCUGGCUGGACCCCAGCGCGUCGGACGUGCAAGCGUCGCUCGGCCGGUACCGGACGCCGCGGCUGUCCAUCUCCCGCCGGUACACGACGCAGCUGCUGAACGGCAGCUUCAGCAUCCAUGCCAAGCGGAAGUCCUUCUUCAGCGGCUGGGUACUGUCGUCGCUCGGCAACUUGACGACCGAGGUGGAGACGGAGCUGGAGGCACGCAGCCUGGUCGAGUUCACCAGCGACGGCCGGAACAAGACCGUCCAGAUGAAGGCGGAGCAGGAGACGGAGGUGCUGGUCCGGUCGGAGGCGAGGAAGGUGAUCGGCAAGCUCAAGACCGAGUCCGAGUACCCUCUGUCGUUCUACAUGGACACGGAGGACGGCGAGGACGGCACGUCCGUCGUCACGGGGAGCCUGUCCCACACCCUCAAGCUCGAGACGGAAGUGAAGUCCGACGGGUUCGAGAACGAGGCGAAGCUGGUGGAUGAGCAGACGGCGGUGGGCUGGAUGGUCGUCAAGGACCACGACGUGAUCAACGGGUCGGCGGCGACGAGCCAGAUGUACCGUUACAGCGACGACCGGUGGCGCUACCAGCGGAUGAUCGACGCGGUGGACGGGCUGGUGCUGGGCGACAACGUGAGCGAGAGCUACCGCGUCCAGGACGCGGCGAAGGCCAAGGCCUGCCUCCCCGGAAGGAGCUGCGACGGGACGGCGUCGGCGGACGAGCGCUGGGUCGACAUUACUGCAAUGUAA